AUGGGCGACGACGGCAUCAACCAGGAGAACCCCGUGGGUGACUCCCCCAUCAACCAGGAGAACCCCAUGGGUGACGAUGGCAUCAACCAGGAAAACCCCGCGGGCGACGCCUACAUCAACCAACCCCGCGGGCGACGACGACAUCAACUUGAGAACCCUGCGGGUGACGACGACAUCAACCAGCAGAACCCCGCGUGCGACGACAGCAUCAACAAGGAGAACCCCGCUGGCGACGCCCACAGCAACCAGGAGAACCCCGCGGGUGACAUCGGCAUCAACCAGGAAAACCCAGAGGGCGACGGCGGCAUCACCCAGGAGAACCCCGCGGGCGACGCCCACAUCAACCAGGAGAACCCUGCGGGCGACGACAGCAUCAACCAGGAGAACCCCGCGGGUGACGCCCCCAUCAACCAGGAGAACCCCGCAGGCGACUAUGCAUCAACCAGGAGAACCCCGCGGGCGACGAUGGCAUCAACCAGGAAAAUCCAGUUGGCGACGACGGCAUUAACCAGGAGAACCCAGCGGGCGACGGCGACAUCAACUAGGAGAACCCCGCGGGAGAACCCCGCGUGCGACAAUAGCAUCAACCAUGAGAACCCCGCGGGCGACGCCCACAUCAACCAGGAGAACCCCGCGAGCGACGCCCACAUCAACCAGGAGAACCCCGCGGGCGAUGACGGCAUCAACCAGGAGAACCCCGCGAGCGACGCCGGCAUCAAACUAGAGAACCCCGCGGGCGACACCGGCAUCAAUCAGGAGAACCCCGCCGGCGACGACGGCAUCAACCAGGAGAACCCCGCGGGCGACGAUGGCAUCAACCAGGAGAACCCCGCAGGCGACGACCGCAUCAACCAGGAGAACAACGCGGGUGACGACGGCAUCCACUAG